CACACUGCUUAGAACAAUGGAUAAAGAAAAUCAGUCAGUUGUGACUGAAUUUAUCUUUGUGGGCAUCACUCAAGACCCUCAGCUGCAGAUCAUCUUUUUCGUGGUCUUCCUCAUUGUCUACCUGGUCAAUGUGAUAGGGAAUGUUGGCAUGAUCAUCCUGAUCAUCACAGACAGUCAGCUUCACACUCCCAUGUACUUUUUCCUCUGCAACCUCUCCUUUGUUGACCUGGGCUACUCAUCAGCCAUUGCCCCCAGGAUGCUGGCUGAUUGUCUAACAAAGCACAAAGUUAUCUCUUUUUCCAGCUGUGCCACCCAGUUUGCUUUCUUUGUGGGUUUUGUGGAUGCUGAGUGCUAUGUCCUGGCUGCCAUGGCCUAUGACCGCUUCGUGGCCAUUUGCAGACCUCUCCACUAUAGCACUCUCAUGUCCAAGAAAGUAUGCUUGGCUCUAAUGCUGGGCUCUUACUUGGCUGGCCUAGUGAGUUUAGUGGCCCACACUUCUCUCACUUUCAGCCUCAGUUAUUGUGGUUCCAAUAUCAUUAACCACUUCUUCUGUGAAAUUCCACCACUCUUGGCUCUGUCUUGCUCAGAUACCUACAUUAGUGAGAUACUGCUGUUUAGUUUGUGUGGUUUCAUUGAGUUCAGCACCAUCCUCAUCAUCUUCAUCUCCUAUGCCUUCAUACUAAUUGCCAUCAUCAGAAUGCGAUCAGCUGAAGGCCGCCUAAAGGCUUUUUCCACCUGUGGGUCUCAUCUUACCGGUGUCACCCUUUUUUAUGGUACAGUCAUGUUCAUGUACCUGAGGCCAACAUCCAGCUACUCCCUGGACCAAGAUAAGUGGGCUUCUGUGUUCUACACAAUUAUCAUUCCUAUGCUGAACCCCUUGAUCUACAGUUUGCGGAACAAGGAUGUGAAAGCAGCUUUCAAAAAACUGAUUGGAAAAAAACCUCAAUAAUUAAAAGAAUCUGAUUCUCUAGAGGAUAAAAAAUGUAAGAGAAGGACAGGGUUAG